AUGACUUUCUACACAAUGCGUCCUGUGACAUCAUCCGCCACACUCCUCCUCCGGGCAAAGCCCUCGGCUGGCCCUCUGCGUGCCUUCUCAUCUUACGGAAAUGCCCUUUCCUCCAAGAGAGACAUGCAAACCGCAACUGCAUACCGCCCUCACACGCUUCCCUCCUCUUUCCCGCCUCCCCGAAGCAGCGGCGGCGCCGACACCUCCAUUUCAGCAGAGUUCCCCCUCCCCGAGUCACAGCCCACCCAGCGAACAUCACAAAACACCGCGCCUAGUGUGAGUGUUCGGGAAAGCGAGGCUCAAAAAUCAAAAACCAGCUUCGCCGCUUCUCCGGCCGCCCCCAAGACUUCCCCGAAACCCCGUCGGCCACUUCGGCCAAGGAAGGCAGCCAUGAAGUUGUCCGCCGUGGCCACCGAGCAACUCCGAAAGUUGAUGGCCCAGCCAGAGCCGAAAUUUAUCCGGGUUGGUGUGAAGAACCGGGGCUGUUCGGGUCUUGCUUACCACCUCGAGUACGUGGAGCAACCGGGCAAAUUCGACGAAGUUGUUGAACAGGAUGGCGUGAAGGUCCUGAUUGACAGCAAGGCUUUGUUCAGCAUCAUUGGCAGUGAAAUGGACUGGCAUGAAGAUAAGCUGAGCAGACGUUUUGUUUUCCGCAACCCCAACAUCAAGGAAGAAUGUGGCUGCGGAGAAUCCUUCAUGGUCUGA